UGUUGAGUUGGAGGAAGUUGUUCUGCAUCCAAGAAUUGCCUUCUUCCAGACAGUUGGACAAUGUUGACAGAGCAGAUGUUGUAUAAGGCAUUGUUUUAAUGCACACCUGUAUGUUGUCUGCGUUGCAGUGGAAAUGGACACUGCUGUCUGAAGAGCUGGCCAAGUGGGGGCAUGUAGAGCAGGAAGAGGAUAGGUCCUAACACCUACCAUUGCAAGCUAUGAUGGACUCCUCUGAUCUUGCCUCACUGAGGGUGACGUACUGCUUGCGGUUAGAAAGGAGGAGUUAAACCAGUUUAGGGCAGACCCACAGAUGGUAGUGUGCUGUCUGAGGGGCUGCACUAGAAUGGUUUGAUCUACUGUGUCAAAAGCAGCACUGAGGUCCAGAAGAACCAAGAUGGUGGAGGAUCCUGUAUCUGCAGCAAUGAGCAGGUCAUUUACAACCUUCACCAGGGCUAUCUCAGUACUGUGCAUGGGCCUAAAGCCAGACUGGAGAGCUUCAUAAAGAUGGUUAGCACUGAGGUGUGACUGAAGCUGAGUUGCCAGUAUGUUCUCCAUUGCUUUAGAUAAAAAUGUGAGGUUGGAAAUAGACCUGUAGUUUGAGAGAAGGUCUCGGUCAAGGGAUGGUUUCUUGAGCAAGGGGGUGAUGACAGUGAUGUUGAACAGUGACGGCACCUGCCCAGUAUGGAGAGAAUUGCUGAACAAUUUGAGAGCAGCUGAGUAUGUUUUGAACAGUGAUGUUACAUUAGGGUCGUGGGGGCCACUGGUAGUCUUCAUUUUAUUAGAGGAUUUCUACCACAGCAGAAGGUGAGACCAGAGCUAAAUCACUUAGAGGGGGGGCAGAUAUGGGUGGUGGGUUAGGAGCCAGAGUGGGGUUGAGGUUGGAGAAUACAAUGUUCUUUCGAAUGGUGUUGAUUUUAGCCUUGAAGAACUCAGCAAAUCGGUUGCAUUGUUCGGUACUUUCUGAAAAAGUGAAAGAGAAAACAGUUCCAUUUUUUGAGAUUGGGAAACCACCCAGCAGCAUAACCUGAUCAAGUGACAGUUCUCUAGUCUAGUUAAUUAUGUGGUGCAAUGAUACUGACGUGAUAAUUUGACCAUAUAGAGAACUUAAUAAAAGAUUGUUUCUUUGUUUGGGUUUCAGUUUUUAUUCCGAUCUCUCUACCUGUGCUGUUGUGUGCAGAUAAACCAGCAAAGAAAUCGAAUAGACUUCUGAAACUGAUUUCCAGAAAUCUGCAAUUACAUGGAAUACCGGCCUAAAUGUAUGUUUUGUUUGGAUUGACAUGACACAAUUUGUGCAUGCUUUGUCUCUGUGUAUUCAGGAAGAGGAGGCAGAAGAGGAGGAAUACCUAGGAGAGGAGGAUGAGGGAAAUGGUAGCAGGGAGAGCAGAGAGAAGGGCCACACAAAUGGAGAGUGUGAUGGGGACGAGUUAGAGGACCUGCCCAGCUACCGGGGCAGGAUGGCCGGGGGCCGAUGGAGGGGACCCAUCUCCCGUAAGGCCAGCCAGACCAGCGUGUACCUGCAGGAGUGGGACAUCCCCUACGAGCAGCUGGAGCUGGGGGAGCUCAUUGGCAAAGGCCGUUGGGGGAAGGUGCAUAAGGGGCGCUGGCAUGGAGAGGUGGCCAUCCGGCUGCUAGAGAUAGAUGGUAAUAAUCAGGACCACCUGAAGCUGUUUAAGAAGGAGGUGAUGAACUACAGGCAGACCCGCCACGAGAAUGUGGUCCUCUUCAUGGGGGCCUGCAUGGCCCCGCCACACCUCGCCAUCAUCACCAGUUUCUGCAAAGGUCGGACACUAUUCUCUGUUGUAAGAGAUGCCAAGAACACACUAGACAUCAACAAGACAAGGCAGAUUGCUCAGGAAAUUGUUAAGGGUAUGGGCUACCUUCAUGCUAAAGGAAUCGUUCACAAGGACCUGAAGUCCAAGAAUGUGUUCUAUGACACAAACAAAGUGGUAAUCACAGACUUUGGUCUUUUUGGAAUGUCUGGAGUGGUACAAGAGUACCACAAGAGGCGAGAGAACGAACUAAGGCUCCCUCAUGGCUGGAUCUACUACCUGGCCCCUGAGAUUGUUCGCAGGAUGGGUACUGGGAACCAUGAGGACCGCCUGCCUUUCUCCAACGCUGCAGACGUCUACGCCUUUGGCACCAUUUGGUACGAGCUGCAGGCCCGUGGCUGGCCACUCACCAACCAGCCGGCAGAGGCCACCAUCUGGCAGGUGGGCAGCGGAGAGGGAAUCAAGAAGGUCCUGGCAAAGGUCAGCCUGGGCAAGGAGGUCACGGAGAUACUGUCUGCCUGUUGGUCCUUCAAGCCAAAAGAGCGUCCCUCCUUCACCCAGUUGACUGACAUGCUGGAGAAGCUGCCGAAGCUCAACCGCAGGCUCUCCCACCCAGGACACUUCUGGAAGUCAGCCGAGCCCUGGGUUCAUCAUCAUUGCCUGCGGGACCAUUGCACUAAGGGCCUGCAGUCUCGCUGCCCCUACAUAUACAAAUAACACAUCUCUCAGUGGCAACUUGUGCUUAUCAAUUCUAAGGAAUAGCCUGUUUGGUAUUAGAUUCAGAGGAAUUCAGAAGAAUGGACUACCCUGCAUAAUGAUAUCAACUGGUAUCACAGCCAAUAGAGUAACCAAUAUAUAGAGUAAUGUAUCUUUGUCAACUUGCUAAAUGUACCAUAAUGCACUGCCUGGGUUGUUUGUUAGUUUGUUGUUCUUUGCCUAACUGCAGUUCAUGUAUUGACAUUUUGGUACUAGUAGUGGCUAAUGCAAACAGUCUAGUCUAACCGCUUGCUUUCUUUAAAUUUACCUCUCUCUCUCUCACGCUCGCUCUGUACUCUCUCUCUAGCUUGCUCUGUUCUCUCUUUUCUGCUUUCUCUCUCUCUUUUUCUCUCUCUCACCCUACAACUUAGGUUCUAGCCUUCAGUAUGCAAGAGGAAGCAAUACUAUGAGGUUCAAUGUCAAAUGUUGAUUUGCCUCUUGUGCACUCUGUGCCUGUGUCAGCAUGCCCUGUGUGUGUGAAUAGGGACAUGUGUGCAUGCUUGUUUGGUUGGUAGCUGAAUGUAAUAUGCUGGACAUCCAGAGGUUAACCCUGUGAAAGACUGUAGUGAUUGAAUGUUAGCAGUGAUAACAACACAAAGAUAAAUGUAUUCAAUAUAUAAAUAUAUAUAGAAUUGUUUUAUUUAAUGUACAGAUAACAUUUAUUUUAUUAUGUAUACAAAGUCUUUAUAUUACAUUGUACGUUACAUUAUAGGUACUUCACAUCUAAUUAUGUAGAGCUUCAAAACCUAUUUUUCCCUCACAAACACUGUGUAAACAAAUUGUACAUUACUUAAAGAUGGGUUGGUGUUUCUUAUGUCAUAAGAAUGUAUAUUUUUGUACAGAUUGUGGCUACACUCUGAAAGAGUUUCUGGUUUCCUCAGUGAAAGAUAAUAAAACUAAACUCACGUCA